AUGAUAAUAAAAAACAACGAAUAAAGAGCAUCGAUAAAUAAAUCGCAUCUGAGUAUUGUCAGUCCAGUUAGAAAAUCCUCAUCCACCUUUUUGCUAACAUCAAACCAAAACAUUCAUAGCUUUAAAGAAAUUAGUCCUAAACAAUAAGAAUUGAAUCGGGUUCUGAACUACAAUAUAAAUUAAUCGCAAUCUGCCAAUUCCUCGAUGUAUUCCAUUGAAUGCACAACAACCUAAUCUAAAAACAGAAAUCGUAUAAACUUAGGGGACAUUAGUUCGAAACUUAUGUAACUCGACGAAGAAAUCAUUGAAGUUUAUAGUGAAUUUGAAAAAAAUUACAGGUCUAUCAAUUAAUUAGAGAAGUUAGAACCUAUUUCUUAUUAGACGAAUUAGUAUUUGGAGGUUAAACGCAAAAGCAAAAAUUAAUUAAUUCAAACUCAUGAUAGCCUAAUAUAAUCGGAUCUGAUGCACGGAGACUAAAAUCGAAUCAAAAUAACUCGAUUCAAAUUCAAUUACUUUAGAAUGAAAUUACGAGGCAAAGUGUCUCCUAUACAUGUCUUUUUCAAUGUUCCAGAUAGAGUUCAAACAUCCUCUCUAAAAAUAUUCCUAUCGACAAAAGCAGAGUUUCCCACUAAAUUCAAUGCUGAAUACAUAAUACACUCUCGCUUUGCCAAAAUCUUUUCUGAAAAAAAUCAGCAUUAUUUUAGUGAAGAAUAUUUAUUUAUUACACUCUAUUCUGAAGUAGAUUUCGAAUUCUCCAUCAACUUUUCAUUUGGCAACUCAUAAAUCAUUAAAUCCCCUGUCAAAUAAUAACUCGAACCCUCUGAAUUAAUUCAAGAUAAUUUCCCUUAAACACUCAAACCUCAACCAAAAGAUAAGAUAUUGGGAAAUCUGUCUGUGGCACACCAUCAAGUUAGUCAUAGAUUGAAUAAAAUACUCUCAGUAUAAUCAGAAAGAUUAUAAAAGUAAAAAAUGGCCAAAUCCAUGCGAUAAUCUCUUAUUGAGGACAAAUAAUUAGACAAAAUAUCAAAAUUAUUAGUGAAGGAUUAGAUAAUUCAAUUUAGAGAGAUAGAAAAGUAAAUUAAGCAGAAGAAGGCUAUGAUUGAAUUCGCAUAAAAGAACUGGAUUCAAAUAUUUAGUUUGUUCGUUAUUUCUGAAUAUGUAUACGCUUGUUUACAGGAGCAAAGAAGAAAGUAAAAGAUUGUAGCAAAAGGAAAGCUAUUGGUAUGGGCAAUCAAAACGAAAGCUUUGAUAGAUGUUAAAGAGUAUGGUGACAAUGCAAAAGAGAGGACCAUUUUCAAAUGCAGAUGUGUCAUAAACAAAUUUGCCAGUAUUAUUAGAUCUAAAACUAAAUAAAAAGCUGAAUUUGUCAUUACUAAAUUUAUGGAUAGAAUUCUCCUUUUUCUAACAAUCCUCAAUAAACACUAAAGUACUCUUAAUAAAGUUAUAUUCAUUUAAAGAAAAUUUCGUCUUCUCAAAACAAAGAAGAGGUUAUUUAGAGACAAAUUUUGGAAAUUAAUCAAAGAAAAUAUCGCUGAUAUCAUUUAUGAUUUAAAAAGGUAAAGAGAAAACCAAUUCUUCUUUGAAAAACAGCAAGUUGUCAUUGAUGUACCUAUAAUGAAUUAAGUGAUCGAUGAAUACAACAAAAAGCAAAGGGUACUUUGGAUGGAGUACAUUUCGCAUACAUACUUAGAAAAAGAUUAAAAGCGUAAAAUACAUGAAACAGCACUUAAUUUGAAAGAGCCUAAAAUCUAUGAUUUGCCGAAUAGAAAUGAGCUCAGUCUCCUUAUAGAAUAAUAUGCCAAAUUGAAAAAAUUACUUUGA